AUGACGCCAUUGCUUCAGACUUGGAGGGAGAAGGCCCUGCCCUGUGCCAUCACACACAGAGUGACCGCCUGGCCCAGCCCUGCAGUGCAUGCAGGGAGUAAUAGUCCCUGGCAGUGGUCUUGGGAACAGAUGCUUCAUACAGAGAAGCCGCCAUCUAGGGACGGCCUGGACCAGAUCCUCCCAGCCCAUGCUCACGUCCUGGUGCAGGGCCGACUCUAUGUGUCCUUGACUGCAGUGAAUACAUUCCAGAACUGCCUGGUGUCCCAGUUCCUGACCCGUGAAGACCUCAUACAAGUCCUUCUCGCCAGCUGCUUCAUCCCCAUCUACUCAAGGCUGAAGCAUGUGGAGUUCCAGGGUCAGAUGGGCGGGGCAGCCUGGGCAGAUGGUGCCCUCUUGCACAGCCUCCCCCUGCCCCCUGGUGGUCGCACCCUCACCAUAUCCCCAUUCUGUGGACGCCAUGGCAUCUCGCCCCGAGACCCUGGCCAAGGUCUUGGCUCUUGCGUACACGUGACUGGACAGGACGUGGAGAUCUCCACGGCCAAUGUUGCCCACCUGGCCCAAGCGCUCUUCCAGCUGGACAGUGGAAGCCUGGAGUCGCUGUACCAUGAUGGCUUCUGCGACGCCAUGAGCUUCCUGCGCCAUGAGGACCGCUUCUGGUGA